CUGCAGUCAUUGGAGAGGCCAUAAUGAGAUAAGUGUGAGCUCACGGGCCCGCUAUUUAACCCCUGCACCCAGGGCAUAAGCAAUAGCUAGUGGCAGAAAAGGAGACACAAGGGCAGGUAAAUUAGUGUUUGGUAAGAAAGGGCAGAGCAGGCUUUGCCCAGGUCGUGUAUGGGGAUCUGUGAAAGGGGAAAGCAGAGCAGGAGCUGACCACAGUGAAACAAACUCAGAAUGUCGCUCUCUGAUCUCCCCAGCACUCCUUUGGCACUCGAAUACCUCAAUGACUUUGAUCUGAUGAAGUUUGAGGUGAAGAGAGAGCCUCCUGAACCACGGGCCACCAGAAUGGCCCCUCCACCUUCCCUUGGGUCAACACCUUGCAGCUCAGUGCCACCUUCACCCACCUUCAGUGACCCUCCUGAGUCAGCAGGACCCCCUCGUCCUAGUUUGGAAGAGCUUUAUUGGAUGGCAGCUUUACAGCAGCAGAUGGGUGGAGAAGGACUACCACUUACCCCUGAAGAUGCUGUGGAGGUGCUGAUGGGAGGUGCUGGAGCACCCGCUCUUCAGGGGCUGGAUGGUGGGUAUAGGACAGGAGGGCCCCACCCACAUAACUCACACCCUUCUAGUUAUCUCCUGAGCCCGGAAGAAAUGAAUGCACAGCAACAUCAGUUAUCUCCCCUGUCGGAACGCUUCUCUGAUGAGCAAUUAGUAGGAAUGUCUGUAAGGGAGUUGAAUCGCCAACUUCGUGGAUUCAGCAAAGAAGAAGCUUUGCGACUCAAGCAGCGCAGGCGCACUUUAAAAAACCGAGGCUAUGCCCAGUCCUGCAGGUACAAACGAGUGCAGCAACGCCAUGUCCUGGAGACGGAGAAGUGUCAGCUGUCUCGUCAGCUUCAGCAACUUCAACAAGAAGUGGCUCGUGUGACCCGUGAAAGGGAUGGCUGGAGGGCACGAUAUGAGAAACUACUGAGCGCCACAGGAGGGGGGACAGGGGCAGAUGUGUUGGGUACAGGGGGAGACACAGGGCCUGGAGCUGAGCUCUUCCUGUGAUUCCAAAACUUAGAAGACUGAAUUCAUAUCAGAGGAGCUGCUGCCAUCCAGGAGAAUGACCCACCUCUGAAAAAAAUAGAGAAUCUAACCAUAACAGUACCUAUAAUCCUGGAACUCUAAAAUGAGACACUUUGACACAUUGAAAAGCCCAUUAUUUCAUAGAAGGGGGGAAUCAUGCCACUGAUGGCUUGUCCCUGGUAAACAUCCCUCAGAUGGAAUAUGAAACCUCAAACGUAUCAAACAUAUAUACCCCUAUGCCUCUACAGCAGAUACCCCUGCAUUUCAACUAUCCUGCUUUCAAUCUCGAAAACCCGCAUUUUGACAUAGCUGGGGUUUAUGGAGACCUUCAACAGACUUUGUUCUGCAUCUCAUUUUUUUAAUUUUUUUAUUUCUUCCACCGUGUAUCUCAGGCUCUCAGGCAAAAAAUUGCACUUUUUCAUUAAAAUGCCAUUUUUCUCUCA